AUGGAGGUAGGAAAUGUAAAAUUUCUGGAUUCUCUCAAUUAUUUUCCUAUGCCUCUAACUGCUCUACCCAAGGCGUUUGAUUUGAAAGAGCUAAAGAAAGGAUACUUUCCACAUUUAUUCAACACUUUGGCUCAUCAGAAUUAUGUAGGGCCAAUUCCAGCGCUCGACUUCUACGAUCCCGACCAUUUAAAGGAAGACGCUCGGGAAAAAUUAUUAAAAUGGCAUGGCGAAAGACAAGCGGAGGGAUACGUUUUUGAUUUUCAGAAAGAAAUCGUUGAAUACUGUAUCUCCGAUGUGGAAAUAUUGACACAGGCGUGUCUCAAAUUUCGAGACCUGAUGAAAACCGAAACCACAGUCGAUCCCUUCCAGGAAAGCACCACUAUUGCAUCAUGCUGUAACAAAGUCUUUAGACGCAAUUUUUUAAAACCUGAGACGAUCGGGCUCAGUAAAGACCAAGAGGGGUUAUUUAGCGGAAUGAUGAACAAGUUUCUACAAAUAAAACAACAAGCUUCAGGAUGGCCCAAACAUUGCUUAACGGAUGAAGAAAAAAACCGUUAUAUUGAUGCAUUUUUGGAUAGAGAAGACAUAAAGCUGGAAUUUUCAAAAAUUAUAGAGAACCCCUGUUUGAGAUCGUUAGCUAAACUUAUGCUGAAUUCCUUUUGGGGUAAAUUUGCUCAAAAAGAAAACCAAAACAAAACCUCAAUAGUCAGAGACUGUGGUGAAUUCUUUGAUAUGCUGACUAAUCCUUCUAUUCAUGUAAAUACAGUUCUCCCGGUAAACGAAGAAACCCUUCUCAUAACUUGGGAAUUUAGAGAAGAGGCCUAUGACGUUUCUUCAACGGUUAACGUUGUAUUGGCUUCAUAUGUCACGGCCCUAGCUAGACUAAAAUUAUAUUCAUUCUUGGAGAAAGUGGAAGAAAGGGCAGUUUACGUAGAUACAGAUUCAUGUAUUUAUAUCUCUCGUAAGGGAUUAGACGACAUAUCUACAGGCGACUUCAUAGGUGAUAUGACCGAUGAGCUCAAUGGGGGUUUCAUAUCAGAGUUUGUUUCUGGAGGACCUAAGAACUACGCCUACAAAUAUACUACUUUGUCUGGAGAGGAACAGAUCGUAUGUAAAGUAAAAGGCAUAUCACUCAACUACAAGGCAUCCCAAGUAGUCAAUUUUGAGAAAAUAAAAGACAUGGUGCUGAAGAAAUCUGAUCCUGUUUCUGUACUUUCUCGACAGCUACGACGUACAAGAGAGCAUGCAGUAGUAACAGUCGAGUUUCCUAAGGUAUACAAGAUAACUUCAAUGAAAAGGAAAUUCUAUGAAGAUCAUACCUCUGUACCAUUUGGAUUUAAGAAAAUAAAGUAUUGA